AUUAAAAUAAACUUGUGAAUGCCUGGACAACCAAGCACAUCUUCGCUAGGGAAUAAUAUCAGCAUUGGUCUUUUAAAAAAAUAUGACGGACCUAACGGAGGAACAGAUGGUGGAGUUCAAGGAUGCGUUCAGCUUGUUCGAUCAAGUGGGCGAUGGUAAAGUGGAAAAAGCUCAGGUACCAAACAUUUUGAGAUCGGUCGGGUUGAAUCCAACAAAACACGACGUCGAAAGGGUGAUGGAGACUCUCAAGUCACGCAAGGAUAAGAGAAUAGAGUUCGAAGUCUUUUUAUCUGUCUAUGUUUCGCUCGCCAAGAAGCAGACAGGCAGCCCGGAGGAAUUCAUCCAGGCGCUGAGAAAUUUUGAUCGCGAUCUCAAUGGCAAGAUUAGCGCCGCGGAGCUUCGUCGCAUGUUAACCGCCUUAGGGGACCGAUUAACGGAAGAACAGGCCAAUGCGAUCGUAGGUUUGUUCGAGAAGAAAGGAUAUGUGGACUACGAGAAACUUGUUUAUGAGGUUAUGUCAAAUAACCCUGCAAACUAGAGUGGAAAUCACGAAAGGAACAAUUUGCAGGAUUAACUGCUCUUCAAAAGAAUCUAAUGAACUAGGUGUGUCGUUGCUAUAAGUAUCUGCCGGUGUGAUGAAACUCGAUGGAACCGGCAAAUUCUUGCGAUUUCAAGUUUGUGUUGCUCAUCGUUAAAAGAAAUACAGAUAAUCAAUUUUUGGUGCUACGUUUGUACAGUUGUAACAUUUAGGACAUUUAGCGUAAGCAAAGUAGCUUCCUAGGAACAAUGGAAUUCGACUCACUAUAGUUUGUUAGCUUUUGUUCACAUUACAAGUGUAAUUAUGCAAGUCGGGCUCAAGACUACGACACAAUAAACAUAUCCUAGUUUGGAAAACUUCAUGAGUAACUUAAAUGGAAAGUCGGCAAUUUACUGUUUAAAGUUUGACUCCUAUAGUUGUGUUUGCGUCCAAGACUUUCAAGAUUUCCAUUCGUUCACUACUACUUUUGUUCAAAAACGUUUGUUUUCCG